AUGGAAGUCGCUCGUAUGGAUUUCUUCGACAAGGACAUGGCAAGUCAAUACGAGGAUGAAGCGUUUAACGGAGACGGAGUGGGAGGAGUCAUGGCAUGGCCUGUCAUGAAGAGGGAGCGAAGGAUGCGCAUUACAUACUCCGGACUCCUCUUGUUCUACCAGCGCCAACCGAGGGACCGCCACCACCGCAUCUCUCCUCCUUUCUCAACCGCUGCCUCCUCUACGCCAAUCGCAUGA